AAGUCAAACAAAUGUCAAAACAAAGCUUGUGAACCGAUCUGUUUCGGUGUGAGUGAAUUAAAGUUUUUAUUAGUUUAUUAUCUGCUGGGCUUGCUUGGGAACCGAACAAUGAAUUGAAUUAUAUCCCGAAAUUAAUUAAAAUAUUAAUUUUAUUUACCAUGGAUCCAUUAAAUUCGAGUUUCCUUUUGAUAUCAUUGUGCGUUUUGCUCUGGGGUGUGGCCGGCCAAUACGAGUGGCAAAUAAGGGAUGCAUUCGACGAAAUACGUGGUAAAAUGGAUAAAGUUUCAGCGGACAAUUGCUUUAUAACGCAUCUCGAUGAUCUGUACCUCCCAGAGGACUCGGUUUCGCAUCACCCAGACGUAAAAGAGAUAAACAUUAAUCCAGUAUUUCCUAACCGCACAGCAUUGCUUCAUUUACACAACAUGGCUAUGAAUCGUGCAUUUUUCUGGAGCUACAUCCUACAAUCAAGGUUCAUACGACCGGCCAUCAACGAUACUUACGAUCCAGGUAUGAUGUAUUAUUUCCUUUCAUCAGUAGCCGACGUUGCAGCAAACCCGUAUAUAAACGCUAGUGCAAUAUAUUUUUCUCCAAACAUGUCAUACACUUCGUCGUACAGAGGAUUUUUCAAUAAAACCUUGCCCAGAUUUGCACCAAGAGCUUUCAGGGCAGAUGAUUUCAAUGAUCCUGUGCAUCUUCAGAAAAUAUCAACUCUGAACACUUUUCACAUUGAAGACUUGGGUGCUUUUGACCCUGAAAGCUUGUCCAAAGAUUACACCUCAGAUUUUUAUAGGAUCAAUGAAUGGUAUCAGUUAUGGUUACCUGAUAAAGUGGAAAGAAGACAUGAUACAAAGACAACAUAUCAAGUUGAAAUAAGAUAUGCCAACAACACUAAUGAAACAUAUACUUUCCAUGGUCCUCCUGGUAAUGAUGAAACUCCUGGCCCCGUGAACUGGACUAAACCAUAUUUCGAUUGUGGCCGAUUAAACAAGUGGCUUGUGGGAGCAGUGUCGCCAGUUGCAGAUAUUUAUCCACGACACACCCAGUUUAGACAUAUCGAAUAUCCUAUAUAUACUGCAGCUGUUGUAAUGGAGAUGGAUUAUGACAGGAUAGAUAUAAACCAGUGUCCACCCAGUCAAGGCAAUGACAGACCCAAUAGAUUUGCUUCUACGGCUCGAUGUAAAAUUGAAACAACUGAGUGCGAACCGAUACACGGUUGGGGUUUCCGUCGCGGAGGCUACCAAUGCCGUUGCGCGCCCGGCUACCGGCUGCCGGGCCUAGUGCGGCGCCCCUACCUCGGAGAGAUAAUUGAGCGAGCCACCGCAGACCAGUACUACAACAAUUUCGACUGCCUCAAGAUCGGAUGGAUUCAAAGUUUGCCGGUGAAAUGGGAGCGGGCGCACCCGUUCAUCCGCGCCAUAUACAGAGACCAGUACUACGAGUAUGUGAACGCGACGAGUGGAGCGGCUUCCACGCAGACAGAGAGGAUGAACGUGUACGAAGUGCUCAACUUCAUACGCGGAGUGCAGCCCAGUAAUUGUACCAAAUACAAUCCCAGCGACUUAGUCUUAGACGGGGACAUAGCUUUCGGUGCUGAGGAGCAGCUUGAGUCCCAAGCCAAGAUGGCUGUGAGACUAGCCAAUUUCAUCAGUGCAUUCUUACAGGUCUCAGAUCCACAAGAAGUGUUCAGCGGUACCCGCGUAGCGGAUAACCCUCUGACAGAGGACCAAAUGUUCGGUGAAACACUCGCCAUGGUGCUCGGAGACUCGAAGAUUUGGUCAGCGGGCACAUUUUGGGACAGAAACAAGUUUACGAAUAGAACAUUCUUCGCACCAUUCGCUUACAAGACUGAGUUGAACACUAGGAAGUUUAAACUCGAGGACUUGGCGAGAUUGAAUAAGACUGAAGAACUUUACACGCACAAACCGUGGUUCCAAUUUCUGAAACAGCGUUGGUCCACCAACUUCGACAGUUUAGAACAAUAUUUCAUCAAAAUGAAGAUUCGAGACGAUGAAUUGGGCAAAUACCUGAAACGCUACGAGAGAUACCCGACUUAUUAUAGGGCUGCGAACGUAAAGCAUGGCCACUGGACUAGGCCCUAUUAUGAUUGCGAUGGACAUUUGAAACAAUGGGUCAUAACUUACGCUGCGCCGUUCUUCGGUUGGGACAGUGUCAAAGUCAAAUUGGAGUUCAAGGGAGUGGUUGCGGUAACCAUGUCUUUAAUGGCGUUGGACAUCAACCAGUGCCCGGACAAAUAUUAUGUGCCUAAUGCGUUCAAGAGUACGGACAAAUGUGACAGAAGGUCUUCCUAUUGCGUACCAAUAUUGGGGCGUGGCUUCGAAGCGGGCGGUUACAAAUGCGAGUGCCUCCAAGGAUACGAGUAUCCGUUCGAAGAUCCGAUAACUUACUACGACGGACAAAUCGUCGAAGCGGAGUUCCAGAACAUUAUAUUGGAUAAGGAGACACGCAUUGACAUGUUCAAAUGUAGAUUGGCUGGUGCGGCGGCGAUACAAAGCAGUUUCGUGAUUAUUUUGGGCGUUCUACUGAUACUAUUGAAGAUUAGGUAAGAUUGUAUAUGCUAUGUUAUUGUAAUAUAGGCGUUUUUGUAGCUACAAAACUUUAUAUACUCUCGCCCCCUUAUUAAUAAACGCAAAAUAAGCUUGAGGAGCUCGAUGGCGCAGGUGGUUAGCGCGUUCGGCUGCGAUCGUUGUAGUUAAGCAACUUUCGCAGUGGUGGGUCAUUGGAUGGGUGACCAACAAAUUUCUAUCUCGAGUUCCUCCGUGCUUCGGAAGGCACGUUAAGCCGUUGGUCCCGGUUGCAUCUGCAGUCGUUAGCACCCGCCAAUCCGCACUGGGCCCGCGUGGUGGCUCAUGGCCCAAUCUCCCUAUUCCAUCCAUAGGGAAGGCCUGUGCCCCAGCAGCGGGGACAUUAAGAGGCUGAUGAUGAUGAUGAUGAUGAAGCUUGGACUCGUUACUCUAUGUUUUGUCUCUGUUCAUUUAAUGACAAAUGGCAUUUGAGUGAUAUGAACUAAACACGGCGUUACUAGUCUAAGUUUGUUCCUCGUUUAUUAAUAAAGGGGUUGUAGAUUGGUGAUGAAUAGUUGGAUUCUGAGUUAUAUGCCCUUCGCACGAACUAAUAUCGAAUUCGUUACUUUGCGAGUGCGAAGUGUCAUUGUCAAAAUUUGUAUGGAAACUUGAACAGCAGCGUCACAACGGACGUAACGAUAACAACAGAUAUCAGUACACAUUUGGCGUUUAUCUAGAUCGAAUUCGAAUAGUUAAAUUCGAUUUCGAUAAGCGCUAAAUGUGAAGCAGUUUUGUUUCGAUUUUUUUUUAAUUCUCUUACGUCCGUUGUGGCGCUGUUCAUUUUUCCAUACUUGACAUUUGACGCCCAUUGAAUUCAAUUAUUCGAAUUCGAUGUCGUUUUGUGCUAAUACCGGGUUCACACGAGGCGGUUAAAUUGAUCAACUUUUAUCGUUCAUUUGCUUUUGUUGGAGGACUCUUCGCUAAGCUAGUAGAUUACAACCCUUGCCAUAGCAAUGAAGAAUUUAAAACAACAAUAUAGUUCAUACGACGUUACGUAGAUGGCGCCACUCUCCUUGCUUUCUUGUUCGUUCAUACAUAGCUAUCCGAUACGUGCAUUUAUAUUUAUAUGAAACAGUUAUUAACUACUAAAUAAUGUUUUUUUAUCAACUUUUCUUUAAUUUGAUUGAAAGUUUGUUCAGACGGUUCAAAUCGCAUGCGAUUUAGCAGUUAGCAGCAACUAAAAUCGCCUCGUGUGAACCCCGGUAUAAGAGUACUGGUUAUUGAAAUGGAAAAUAAAAGGUAAGACCAGUGCUGUGGCAGUUUUGUAGUAAUACUAGGAGUUCUAAUCAUUUUGUUAGAGAUUAGAUUUUUUUGCAAAUUUUUAAGAUUUUGUUGCUACAAAACUGUAGUUUUUUUUUUCAUAUUAUUUGAGAGAAGACUGCCAUGAUUUAUAUAAGGAUACCUAAUUUUUUACUUUGUUUUUGCUAUACAAUAAAUGAUACUCGUAUUCACCGUAAUAAAGAUAAAUAAAAAAUAUCACAGCUUAUAUGAUAUUAAAUACUUUCAUUAGGUUUUGUAGCUAUAAAAUUUGCUUUAAAAAUCAAGUCCAAUAUUUAGAUUUAUAUAACGUUAAGAUGUAAAGCAAUAUCUACCGUAGGAUUUUAAUUCCACAAUUUAAUUUCCUAGUUUUUUAUAAUAUGAAAUGUGAAAUUAAGAUACAGCAAAACUUUUGUUAUCUUUGUUUAGCCUUAUUUCAGUGACUCCUGAGCAACAGCUCAAUGUGCCUCCAAAUACAAAGCGCUGAAUAAAAAAAGGCACUUUGUCUAGCUACCUUCGAAAUCUUUUUACGAAGGUAGCUUGACAAAUUAAAUAUUCAUAGAGACGUCAUAAAUACACAAAUCAGUGCAUCUAUACCGUCUUAUAAGUCUUCUUUUAUUUAAUGAGUGGUGUGCGUGAAAACCUACUAAAUAAAAAAAAAACAAAAUCACAUAUCACAUUAUAACAUAACCCACAAUAAAUAUAAUGCAAAAAACCAUAGACAAAAAAAAAACAGAUUAUUUGGUACCGUUCAACUUAUAAUUUAUAAUUUAAAACCUCUUUUAAAUCGUAUCGGCCGGCAUAGUGCGCGAAAGUUAUACAUAUAAAAAUACAUACGAGCGAUUUGAGCGGAUUUCUGUAUUGCAACCCGACUCGCUCUGGCCCGGCAUAAUGGGCGCUAUCCAUCAAGGUCUAUUCUUUCCCAUGCUUCGACUUCUUCCCAACUAUUAUCCAGUGCUAUUAUUCUCAUUUUUGAUCUAAUAAUUUAAUUUUCAAAUGGCCAAAUGAAAAAGAUAUAUGUAUAUCAAAUUCAUCAUUCAUUUUUUCAUCGACUUGAAUUAUAAAAGAAUCGCACAUAUUGUCAAUAUUGUUGCAAGAAGCAAAGAUUUUGCAAACGAAAAGUUUUCCUAAAGUAGGAUUGCAAACCCAUAGGAAAUGAUUUUUCUUCCACAAGAAUCUCUUUCUACUAUUUAGUGGUUAGUGAAUUUUCUAAUUUUACUAAUUAUUAUUGUAACUUCAAUAAUGUGAUAGUAAUUAAGUCUGAUUACCAUUUGAUGUAAUUAAAUAAAGCACUGAAUUAUUAAAAAUACAACCGUUUAUUAUGUGAUUACACAAAAUUAUAGUUAUAAUUUUUAUUUUUUAACCAUGUAGCUGCUUGAUGUUUAAAUCUAAAGAAAAUAUAACACAUGACCGGCAGGGCGGCGGUAGCACAAUGGUCAGUGCAUUUGCCCGGAUAGCGAAGGGUGCGGGUUCGAGUCCCGUCUGCUGCCUGGUCCGCGUGGAAAUUUUCUAGUUAUAUUUUGUUUAGAUUUAUACACAAGAUUUCUUAACAACUUAAAAGAUGCGGUGGGUCAGUAAAAGACCACAGAUAAAGGGUUUGCGUUUAAAAGGAUGCUGUUGUUUGCGUUUACUUCAACACCAUUUUUACAUUGACUUAGUUUUUCUAAUUUGAAAUCAUAAAUGCGAGAAAUAUUGUUGUUAAUUUUAUAAGUUUCGACUGUUUUAUUUAUUGGCAACAUUCCUGAAAUGUUAGAAUCCGUUGAGUUAAAAUCACAGUAUACUUAUCUUGAUAUUAAAAAAAAUCUGGGUUUUAAUGGUACAAAAAAGGAACGACGACUUUGAUACUUAUGACAUUUUUCUAGAAUUAAGGUAAAUAUUUAUAGGUAGCUUUGAUUUACUGGAAUCUCAACAAUAUUUUUACUUAUCAGGGCAUUAUGUAGCCGUCCAUUUUUGUCUUGGAUUAAGUGUAUAAGUUAUAAGAGUUUCUGAUAUUUCAUUUGUAAUGUUAGCAAGCUAAUAUAUUUUUAUAUGUUUUUUCGUUUACCUAAUACUUUUACAAUACUAUAUUAUACUAUUUUUUAUUAAAAGGUUAUACACUACAUAAAAAUCACAAAUAGUGAGUCUUACAAUUUUUAUUUAUUUUAUACAUUUUUUUUACAAUAUGAUAAGUAUAUAAUUGACAAUACAUUGCAAUUUGAUUUAUUUUCCUAAAAAUAUAAACGAGUAGGAGAGUGCCUAAUAUUUUUUAAAUAUCAAGAAUUAACAUUAUAAAAACUGUAUAAGGUUUUUUAUACUAUGGCAGCAUUUACAUAUAUUAAUAGAAAUUACAUGAUUUGAGUUAUUUAGAUUUUUUACAGAAUGGCAACUUAUAAAAAAAAUAAUAUUUUUAAAUAUUCUUGUAUACAUAGUCUUAAAUUCAAGUGCAGUCCUAUAAAUUAUCUCACGGUCUCAUUUUCUGUCACUUUCACCCUCGUUAAUAUGUCAAAAUCUGCUCCUUUUUAUAUUUAGAGAAGUUAUUCUUGAAAAUAAUUACUGUACUUGAAUUUAAUCGUAUGAAUAUUCCUUAGACUUUAUUCCAAUAAGUAUGUAUGCGUUGAAAUCUGCUUGCGAAGUGCGAGUUUUUAAGUUCAGUAGCGUUUGAAGUAAACGUAUUAUUUUUUAUUGUGGAGUUACCAUAAUUCUUUAAUUAUACACUAGAUGGCGCUCCUAAAAUGUAUUUAUUUCACGUUUAUGGGAACGCAUUUAAUUACUGGAGGUAAGAACUCGUACUCAGCAUUCAGUUCUGAAAUGGGAGCAUGUUUAAACUCUAAUUACCAUACAACACAUUUGAAAUUUAAGAAAUUCACGAGUGUAACGUGAAAAACUGAGUUUUCUAUAGACUGCUAUUGACAUGUAAUUUUAAGCACAAUUAUAAGAAACAAGUACCGUCCAUUUUAGUGUCUUCUCAUAAUGUAUUUUUUUGUGAAAUAAAAAUGUAAGUAC